GUUUGCAUAGAAAUGACAACUGGGUGGGAAGAGUGUGGGCUGAAUGUACGACUGUAGCUGGUGCGUGGAGGUCAUUUGAAGUGCGUACUACUGGCCCUUCCAUGCACCAGCCCACUGGCUCUCAAGCUGAGUGACUGAAGCCCCAACCAAAGUACUUUCCUAGGGUUAGCACAUCACAGUGCCCCUCUAGCGCCCUCUAUUGACAAAGCCUCACAUUGACAGCUGGCAAAAGAAGUUUGCAGAGUGAGGAGAGGCUUGUAGCAGCUCUUCUAGACAAAUGGUCUCUAAGGCGGAAAGAACUUCACCUCUAAAGGUUUGGGAGCUGGAGCUGACAUGGCGUAAUUGAUUGCUGCUAGACUUGGAUAACCAGUCUGUCUGCCGAAGGAUGGGGAGUAAGACAGGGGAGAUUGCAUAUGAGCACUUUACCAUUUUUUAUUUUGUUAAGGUGUUAUGUCAGAUGCUUCAUGCAUAUUGCCUCGACUCCUCAUAAGAACCAAGAGUUGAGUAUUAUUAGCUACAUUAUACAGUUGAGGAGAUUGAAGCUCAAAGAUGUUAAAUAACCUGUUCAAGACAGUGGCUGAGUAAUGGGGCCAGAAUUAAAAUCCCUGCCUCCAGAGCUGACAUUCUUGCUAGACUACCACAGUUUGGGUGACAUUUAAAUGAGUGGGAUUCUCUUAUAGGCCCCACCAUGUGGACACCUCCAGGACAGAACCAAAGCUGGGUUUCUGAAUUUAUCCUGCUUGGCUUCUCUGGUGAUCCCACGUUCAACAGGAUCCUCUUCAUUUCCUUCCUUCUCCUUUACCUGAGCUCAGUCCUGGGCAAUGGACUCAUCGUCGCCCUGAUCUGCCUGGACAUACAGCUUCACACACCCAUGUACUUCUUCCUCUGCAUCCUCUCCCUGCUAGAUAUGGGCUGUGUCACCACUACCAUGCCCCAGAUGUUGGUGCAUCUCCUCGCUCGCUCUCAGACCAUCUCCUUUGCCAGCUGUUGGCUGCAGAUGUAUGUGUUUGGUGCCUUGGGCCUAACUGAGUGUAUUUUCUUCGUAGUCAUGGCUUAUGACCGAUAUGUGGCCAUCUGCCACCCACUGCAUUAUACUGUCAUCCUCAGCUGGGGCCUGUGCAUACGACUGGCAGCUGGGACCUGGGCCUGUGGUUUCUUCUUCUCUCUGAUCCAUACUUUCCUCACCAUGAGGCUGCCAUACUGUGGGCCCAACGUGGUCAACCACUACUUCUGUGAAGGCCCCUCAGUACGAAGCCUGGCUUGCAUGGAUACUCACCUUAUUGAGAUGGUAGACCUGGUCAUCAGUGUCUUCAUGGUUGUUGCCCCACUCUCCCUCAUUCUGGCCUCCUACAUCCGUAUUGGCCAGACCAUUAUCAAGAUCAAGUCUACACAGGGCCGCUGCAAGGCUUUCUCCACCUGUGCUUCCCAUGUGACUGUGGUCACACUCUUCUAUGCCCCAGCCACAUACAUCUAUAUGAGGCCCAACUCCAGCUAUUCCCCUGAGCAAGACAAGCAGAUCUCACUCUUUUAUAAUGUCUUCCCUGCCUUUCUCAACCCUGUGGUCUACAGUUUGAGGAACAAAGACAUCAAGGGGGCUUUUCUCAAAGUGAUGGGGUGGGGUAGGGUGCCCUGGUGAAUUGGGAGACAGGAGAGGCCUGAGGUAGAAUGUCCAAUGCUAAAGAAAGGCAGAGCAUUUAUAAGGUGUGCAAACAACAUUGUGCAUUGGAACCAAUAUAGCACUUGGUCAGUGGAACAAAUAUGGUACG